AUGGUGCUUCCCUCCAGCAUCGCCGAGAUGGCACAAGCAGCCGGUCAUCUGCCACACAUGGCCUCAGAUGAUCCCAUCGCAGCGCUCAAAGCCGCCAACUACAAGGGCAAGGGCCUGAUGGACCCUAUUAAGGCUGUCGAGGACAAGUGGGAGCUCGUUCCCGCGUUCCUACAGGUCAAGGGUCUCGUCAAGCAGCACAUCGAUUCCUACAACUACUUUGUCGACCACGAUCUCAAGAACAUCAUAAAAGCAAACGAAAAGAUCACAUCGGACAUCGAUCCAAAGUUCUACCUCAAGUACACCGAUAUUACCGUAGGAGAGCCACGUAGAUACGACGGCGACGCAGUGCAACGGCCCAUAACGCCACACGAAUGUCGACUUCGAGACAUCACCUAUUCAGCACAUAUCUUUGUCAACAUCGAGUACACUCGAGGAGGCAAGAUCAUUCGUCGCAAGAAUGUUGCCAUCGGGCGCAUCCCUGUCAUGCUUCGCAGCAACAAGUGUGUCCUCGCGAACAAGUCGGAAAAGGAGCUCGCAAAGAUGAGCGAGUGUCCGUUGGAUCCAGGAGGAUACUUUGUCGUGAAGGGCACGGAAAAGGUCAUCCUCGUUCAAGAACAGCUCAGCAAGAACAGAAUCAUCGUCGAGGCCGACACCAAGAAGGGCACCGUAUCAGCGUCCGUCACCUCAUCGACCCACGAGCGCAAGUCCAAGUCCUACGUCCUCACCAAACAUGGCAAGAUCUACCUUAAGCACAACUCACUGCACGAAGACAUUCCAAUCGCCAUCGCCUUCAAAGCCAUGGGCAUCCAAGCCGACCGCGAGAUCCUGCAGCUCGUCGCAGGCCAUGACGACGUCCACAAGGAGCUCUUCGCUAUUAACCUCGAAGAGGCUGCUCGUCUGGGCAUCUACACUCGCAAACAAGCACUCGACUACGUCGGCUCCCGGGCCAAGGCGUCACGCAAGCCGCUCUCGAUGCGACGUCCCCUCUCAGAAGAAGCUCUCGACGUCUUGGCUACCGUCAUCAUGGCUCACGUACCCGUUGAAAGGCUCAAUUUCCGUCCAAAGGCCAUCUACAUCGCCUCCAUGGUGCGUAGAGUACUCAUGGCCAUGCAUGACGAGAAGAAGGUCGACGACCGUGACUAUGUCGGAAAUAAGAGGCUCGAGCUGGCUGGUCAGCUGCUGGCGCUUCUGUUUGAGGACCUCUUCAAGAAGUUCAACUCGGACCUCAAGAUCAACAUCGACAAGGUGCUCAAGAAGCCUAACCGAACCGUGGAGUUCGACGCGUUCAACCAGUUCAGUUUCAACGGCGACUACAUCACAUCGGGCUUCGUGCGCGCCAUCUCCACAGGCAACUGGAGCUUGAAGCGUUUCAAGAUGGAGCGUGCCGGUGUCACCCACGUGCUCAGCCGUCUUUCGUUCAUCGCCGCUUUGGGCAUGAUGACCAGGAUCAGCUCGCAGUUCGAAAAGACCAGAAAGGUAUCGGGCCCGCGUGCUCUUCAGCCAUCACAGUGGGGCAUGCUGUGCCCCUCGGAUACUCCAGAAGGUGAGGCCUGCGGUCUCGUCAAGAACCUGGCACUCACAACCCAUAUCACCACCGACGUCGAAGAGGCACCCAUCGCCCGCAUCUCCUUCAUCCUUGGCGUCGAAGAUAUCCACCUCUUGACCGGUGCCGAACUCUACCGUCCGGAUUCCUACGUCGUGUUCUUGAACGGUAACGUUCUCGGCGUCACGCGCUUCCCACAGCGCUUCGUGCUUCACUUCCGCCGUCUCCGUCGCGCAGGGCGCAUCUCCGAGUUCGUCUCCAUCUACACCAACCAUCAUCACCAGACCGUCUACAUCGCCUCGGACGGCGGUCGCAUCUGUCGUCCGCUCAUCAUUGUCGACCCAGUCACAGGCCAACCCCGUGUCACCGAAUCCCACAUGCACCAGCUCAAGUCCGGCGCCCGUCGCUUCGACGACUUCCUCCACAACGGAUUGAUUGAAUACGUCGACGUGAACGAGGAGAAUGACGCGCAUAUCGCACUCUACGAACGCGAAAUAAAACCAUCCAUCACGACCCAUCUCGAGAUCGAACCAUUCACCAUACUUGGGGCCGUCGCUGGCCUCAUUCCAUACCCUCAUCACAACCAGAGUCCUAGAAAUACUUAG